AUGUGGGCGCAAAUGUUAAAGAAAUCACGCGAUAAAGAGUCAUCCUGUCUGGUUUCCCAUUGGAUAUCGCAUGGCUCGGGGAACUCCUUUUCAACUUUAACUGCGUCAGUUUACACAGCCAAAUAUGUUUUGGGCGGAUACCAACUUCAGAAUAGCGGCAUAGAUGAAACUCCUCUUCGUUCUGUCGAAGCUUGCUUGGAAAUCGCUAAAAAGGUGAGGCGUGUCGAUCCUCAAGGCUCAGGGUUAUUAGUGGGCGCGCCUCUAGAUAAAAAUCUCCAGCCUGGCACAAAUCGAACGGGUGCGCUGUACCGUUGUCCGAUCACACAAACUCUGAACGAUUGCGAACAGAUCAUAACGGAUGGGCGAAGAUCGCCCGAAGGAGUUUAUGAACCUACAUAUGAUAGCGAUGACAUUGAAGAGCUGCAGGAACCAUCUAAGGAUGAGAUCAAAGAGGGUCAAUGGCUCGGUGUGACGGUGCGUUCGCAAGGACUCGGCGGAAGGGUACUUGUGUGCGCGCAUCGUUACAUAAUCAAACAGAAAGAGAAUCGUCUUGGUCAAGGUCUGUGCUAUGUUUUGGACAAUGAGUUGAAUUAUGAUGAAGUGUAUGAGCCGUGUAAAGGGCGACCCGUACGCAGAGAUCACGAAGACUAUGGCUUUUGUCAGGUGGGCACUUCAGGCGCUCUUUUAGAUGACAACACCAUGGUGUUGGGCUCCCCAGGUCCAUUCACAUGGCGCGGCACGGUGUUUGUUACGGAAAUUGGUGGUGAAUAUUUGGAACGUGAUAAGACAAUGUAUUACAGUGAUCAUAUGGAGAAUACUUCGCCGGUGGAUAAAUACAGUUAUUUGGGCAUGGCUGUUACUGGUGGUCGCUACUUUGGCGAUCAUAUGUCCUACGCAGCGGGCGCACCGCGUUCCAAUGGCCACGGGCAGGUGGUAAUCUUCAACAAAGCGAAUACUAAUCCCAUACCAGUUCAAAUGAUACUCGAGGGUGAACAGUUUGGCUCCAGCUUCGGUUAUGAACUCACCACUGCCGACAUAAAUGGCGAUCAGAAGCCCGAUCUCAUUGUUGCUGCACCAUUCUACUUCAAUAAGUCCGAGGGUGGCACAGUGUACAUUUACCAAAACGAAAAGGACUUGCUACCGGCCAAACCAACACUAAAACUUACCGGCGCACUAGAAAGUCAUUUUGGACUUGCACUCGCCAAUAUUGGCGACAUCAACAAAGACACGUGUGAAGAUUUGGCUGUUGGUGCACCAUAUGAAGGUGAUGGUGUUGUCUACAUCUACUUGGGUUCACGUACGGGUUUGGUGAGUAAGCCAGCACAGCGUAUAGAAGCCUCCGAUCUCGGUUUACUACCAAACCCACUACAUACCUUUGGCAGUUCGAUUAGUGGUGGCACAGAUUUGGAUGGCAAUUCAUAUCCGGAUAUCGCGGUAGGCGCUUACAAUUCCUCGGCGGUGGUUAUAUUACUCUCGAGACCCAUUAUAAAUAUACAAACGUUGGCGCGUAGCAAUGAGUUGCGUAAUAUUGAUCCGGCGAAACCGGGCUGUCUGCAUGAUGCCUCAACGAAUUUGACUUGUUUCACCUUUGAAGCCUGCUGCUCCAUCGAACCCUAUGAACCAACGUCGAACAAUAAGGACUUGCGACUGCUGUACACCGUCGAAGCGGAGACUUUUGCUGGUAAUAAGAAAUUCUCACGCGUCUUUUUCGAUCGCGAAAAUAAGCGUAGCAAUGUGGUUAAACGUGAGGUAACGGUACGCACGGACGGACGUCAGACUUGUCAACUGGUAACGGGUUAUAUCAAAGAGAAUACGAAAGACAUACAAAGUCCAAUCAAAUUCCGACUCAAUUACACAAUUGUGGAGCCACGAUUGCCACGUUCAGGCUUGGAGCUACUAAAUCCGAUCUUGGAUCAAACACAGGCAUUCGCCGAGUUCGAGGGCACAUUCCAGAAGGAUUGCGGCGAUGAUGAUAUCUGUGAGAGUAAUCUGAUAUUGAAUGCUGAGUUGGAUCUGAAUAUGGAGGAGGACAAUUACGCGCUGGUAUUGGGCGAAAAGGACGAGAUGCGUGUCAAUGUGAAUGUGUUGAACAAAGCAGACUCUGCAUACGAGACUCAGCUGUUUGUGGUGCAUCAGAAGAGUGUAUCGUAUAUUGCAGCCUCAAGAACGAACUCUGUUACCUGCAAUCGUUUCAACGACACCGUGGUCACCUGCAGCCUGGGUAAUCCGAUGCGCCGAAAUACAGCUCUCUACAUCUCGUUGCGUUUCGAUCCCAGCGGGUUGGAGGUGGAUGAACGUAAGUUGAGCUUUCAUGUCUUCGUCAACACCACAUCCCGCCAUGUUGGCGAUGAGCAACCCGAUAAAAAAUUGGAGGUGCGUGUCAUCAAACGUGCUGAGCUCAGUUUGCUCGGUGAAGCAAAGCCCGAACAGAGUUUCUACAGUGGCGAGGUGAAGAAAGAUAGCAAAGUUAUGCAAAUGGAAGAUGUCGGCACGCCGGUCAUGCAUACCUAUCAGAUCUACAACGAUGGCCCCUGGAAGGCGCCCAAAGUCGUGCUCACCAUCUACUGGCCACAUCAGUUGACCAGCGAAAAGAGCAAAAAGGACAAAUGGUUGCUCUACCUGGAGGCCAUGCCUAUUGUGGAGAAUGCCGAACUCAGCGAAUGUUUCGUUGCACCCGAACAUAUAAAUCCGCUCAAACUCUCAUCGAAAACGAAACCCAGCGAAGUCUUCGAUUCACUACUAAUGGCACCCGCGCCCUAUAUGAUGCGACCCACAAACAAAACACAAUACUUUAACCGUUAUAGCAGUGCGUAUAGCGAAAAGAGUGUGUACACAAAACAACGAACGACGCAAAAGCCUGGCUUACACGAUGAGGACGAUGACGAUGAAGAAGAUCGUUAUUUAAAUCGUGUACGUCGAAAUACUCUCGAACGUAUCAUAAGGCCCGAACGCUUUAUGGACGGUGGGGGUGAGCAUACGAAUCGCAAGCGUGAUAUAGUCGAGUUGGAUUGUCAAAAGGGGACAGCGACUUGUGUGAAAAUUCAAUGCGAAGUCUAUAAUAUGCCCGCCAAGACAGAGGUGUAUGUGCAUGUACGUGCGCGACUGUGGAACUCCACGCUGGUGUCGGAAUAUCCACGCGCCGAUUUGGUGCGUAUUAUGUCGCGUGCGCAAGCCAAAAUACCGCUCGAGUAUUCGGUAGAGCAGACGGAUGCGCAAAUAUUGGUGGAGACGCGCGCUUAUCCCGAGUUGCUCGAUCAACAGCGUGAACAAACCACAUCCAUUUGGAUCUAUAUUGUUGCCAUCAUUUGUGGUCUCAUUGUGCUAGCCGUAGUCGUACUCGUACUAUGGCGUCUUGGCUUCUUCAAGCGACGACGACCCGAUCCAACGCUAAGUGGUAAUUUGGUUAAGAGCGAAGCGAAACCAUUCCUGAAUGAUGCAACGAGUAAUGGUCGUGGCUUCUAACAAGAGGGGACGGUCGGGUGGGAUCUGGCGCAGCGGGCGCCGCCUAAAAUACAACAAACGCGUGCAUGCUGUCUAAAGCUAAGCAAAUAUAACGUCGAACCUGCAACAAUUGCCUCCGGUAUUGAGACUGCCAAUAAUAACAAUAAUAAUAACAACAACAAUAAUAAUAAUAACUACGCUUACAAUGGCAAUAAUAAUUAUAGUACUUAUCGAAGCUAUCAUCCAUAUGGCUUUGGUAGCAGUGCUAGCUAUAAGCCAACUUGCAACGGUAAUGAACAAACAGAUGUGGCGGUCAUCGAUUGGGGUACACAUUGGUAGUGGCGUAAGGUGGCGUAGAUUUAGUGGCAAAGAAGUUCGGGCGUCAUGUGGGGUGGUGAUGCCUUAGUUGAUACUACAUACAUAGAACGUAUACUCAUAUAUAUAUAUGUAUAUAUAUAUAUAUA